CUACAAUCCAAACAUGGGAAGACUAUUCAGCCUACUUAUCCUAUUCAGCCUAUUCAUCAAAUAUGCUCAGCAGCAGACCUGCUCUUCUCUCCAGAACCCAAAUAUGGUCUGCAAAUAUGCCGAAAAUGAACUGACCAGAUACAAUAAUGAGGAGAUCAGGAUUGUGAUGGUGGGGAAGACCGGAGUUGGGAAGAGCGCCACAGGAAACACCAUUCUGGGAAAACCGUACUUUAAAUCAGAGUUUUCAUUUGACUCUUUGACUAAACACUGUGUUAAGGCCAUCGGUGAAGUGGAUGGACAAAUGGUUGCUGUAAUUGACACUCCGGGUCUGUUUGACACCAGCACUGAUGAAAAGGAAACCAUUAACAAUAUUGCCCAGAGCAUUGCUUAUGCUUCUCCUGGACCUCACAUCUUCCUGGUUGUUAUCAAACUGGGCAGAUUCACAGAGGAGGAAAAGAAGACGGUGCAGAAGAUUCAGGAAAUCUUCGGAGAGGAAGCAGACAAAUACAGCAUGGUUCUCUUUACCCAUGGUGACCAGCUCAAAGGGAAACCUAUUGAGGAGUUCUUGAAGGACAGCGAAGAGCUGCAGGAACUUGUGGACAAAUGUAACGGCCAGUACCACGUCUUUAAUAAUGAGAUCAAGGAUCAUUCUCAGGUCAGGGAGCUGCUCGACAAGAUCAGAUAUAUAACAGAGAAGAACGGAGGAAGUCAUUACACCACUGAAAUGUUCCAGGAGGCAGAGAGGAAGAUAGAAGAGGAGAAACAACGCAUCCUUAAAGAGAAAGAAGAGCAAAUGCGCAAAAAGGAAGAGGAAAUGAAAAAGAAACUAGAGGAAAAGUAUGAGCUACAAAUAAAGGAAGCGGAGGCUGACAGAGAGAGGAUGAAAGUGUUAGUUGCAGCUCGUGAGAGAGAGUUGGAGGAGGAGAGGAACAAAUAUAGAGAAGAGCAGGAAAAUCGCGCCAGAAGGGAAGCUGAGAACAGUAAUCCAAUAAUCAAACUGAUAAAACGUUUCUUCAAAUUUUUCUUUGGGUAAAAUAAGAAAUUUGCUGGUUUGCAGGUGAAAUUCUGACUUGCUGAAAAGCAGCAGCUUUACCAAACUGUUCUCUCCACAGUCCCUUUUUGAUUUUCCUGUGUAGUGCUUCAAUGUCAAAUGAACACAACUAAAUUCCACAGGUUAAUAAUUGUACAAGAUGAUCGAUCCAUAUUUAGAAGUGCCACAGCUUGGAAAGAUCAUGUUUCUAUGGUGAUCAUGAAAUAAAUCUGAUAAUAAAUGACAUACUGACAUCAGUCAGAGGUUAAAGAUACUAAAUACAGGACAUGAAGGUCUCCUUCCAUUUAAUGUGACACAGAACCAGGUAGAAACAUACAAAGGAAACAGAUUUUUACACACAAACUUCUUUCAUUCAUUUUAUUUCAUUUUAUGUAACUGUGAAACAAUAACUGUAAAUGGAUGCCACCGAGCUGCACUCCUGUGACGACACAAACUUUGUACAGUAGCCUCCUCCACUGGCCUGGAAGAACUGUAAAGUCUGAACGAUACAGCUGGUGAGAAAUUAAUUAAAGGACAGAAUAUGUCCAAAAACUAAAAUAAGGAGGCUUUUGAAAUUACUUUAAAAUCUAUUCAAAAAAUGUUAAAGUCAUUGCUAAUUUAAACUCUCAAUAACACAAUCAAAUUAUUAAAUCUCACAUUAAGGUGUAGUUUUAUUUUUAAGGUGAAAUGUUAAAGUAUAUAUUUAAUUAAACCAAAGUAGACCGGAAUACAAAAAUUCACAUUUCUAUUCCAUUUAUUCUUCCACAUUGCCAUUUUGGAUUUUGUAUGUAAAAAAUAUUUUUACAAUAUUCUAAUGUAAUAUUUAAACAUCAGACAUUUAUAAAAUGUGAUGCCAUCAUAUCACAAGACAUUGAGACUAUAUUUCUCAUUGUUAUGUUUUCCUUUCAUUGCAGCUUUGAUUUUUUUCUUUACUUAUUUCAUUAUAUUUUAAUAUGUCCCUCACUGACUUACUGUUUUUCUUUAAUGGAGCCUCCCAGCAUUAGCAUUUUAUACAUAUAUUCGUAUAAUCAGUUUGACAAUAAACAUCAAGACUCUUUGUUGUCAGCAGUGUUUUAUAGUUGUGGUGUUUUUACAUGAAGUCUUUAUAUAAUGAAGUUUCUCUUCAGACAGACUGACUUUACUUCUUCAGCUCAGCAACAAAACUGAUCUUCUCUCCUUAACCCAACAAUGGCCAGCAAAUAUGCCAAUAAGUCCAUAACAUUUAUUCAUAAUGUUGGUUGUAACUUGUAUCUAAACAAACAUUUAUAGAUGGAUUGUAUGUCAUAACAUGAACCAAUCCCAACAGUAUUAAAGGGGAAAGUGCUUGAAUUGAAAAACUUUUCUGAAAUUCUCAGUUUUUUUGUGAUUCAUUCUGCAUUAUAUUUAGAGGUGCUUCUGUUGUUUGGCCUACCCUUGCCUAAAAAUUAUAACAUUCAUGAAGGAGGAUUUAUUGCAGUACUGCUGUAUUAGACUGUAUUAGUUUGUGGCAGGUGUUCCUAAUAAACAGUCAACUGAG